AUGCGAGCAGGCAUCUUGGUUCUCGGCGGGACAUCCGCUGGCCUGCUGCUCGCCUACCUCGCAGGACGGCGUCACUGGCGGCGGCGGAAGCCGUCACCUGCGGCUCUGGCGCUGCUAAAGACGGUCGACAGCGCGGCACUCGAGGCGGAGCUGGCGCGGAGAUCGGUUGGCGCGCACGUCAUCAACACCUCGGUGCGGCCGCUACACGCGGCGCGUGCCGCCGCCAUCGACGCCGAGCUCUCCCGCCUCGGCGUCGCCUCGCCGGACGCCCUCGCACCCGGCCCGCCUCGAAAGGCGUACGAGACGUUCGCGCGGCCGCGGGAGGGGGAGCCGUGCGACGACGACUACGUGCGUCGCAAGGCGCCGCUGAUGGCGCAGCAGGUCGCCUUCCUCCACCGGCACGAACAGGCGCGCCGCAACGAGCUUCUGCGCAACGUCGACGACGCAACCCAGGCGCUGGAGCGGGCGGCGCGGCCACGGCACAACGUGACGGUGGUGCUCGACAACCUGCGGUCGGCAGAGAACGUGGGCUCAAUCUUCCGGACGGCCGACGCGACGCGGGUGUGUCGCGUGGUCACGUGUGGCUUCACCACCACGCCGCCCGACCGCAAGCUCGAGAAAACGGCGCUCGGCGCUCUCUCGUCGGUGCCGUGCGACCACUUCGAGGCGACGAUCGCGGCGGUGAGGCAUCUUCGCUCGCGCGGCGUGUACGUGGUUGCGCUGGAGACGACGGAGGACGCGAUCCCUCUCGGCGUCGCGCCGCAGCUGGGCGACGAGGGCCGCGGCGUCGCCAUCGUGCUCGGCAACGAGGUGACGGGGGUCGACAAGGCCGUGAUGGAGGAGUGCGACGCGGUGGUGGAGAUCCCGGUCUUCGGCGUCAAAAACUCGCUCAACGUGGCGUGCUGCGCGUCGGUGGCGCUGUACGAGGUUCUCCGCCGGUGGGGCAAGUGGGAGAGCCGCGUCGAGCGAUGA